AUGAAUGGUUAUAAACCAACUUUUGAACAAAACCGAACAAAAUCAAGGUAUGAGGAAGUUAUAGAAAUGGACAACACAAGAUUUAUAGAAAAUGAAACUUUCCACCAAUCGGAACAAGAUGAACAGCUAAAAUCAUUAUAUGGUACUGCUUUAAAUAUCCAUGAUAUUGCUACUACGAUGAGAAAUGAGAUUGAAGAACAAAAUAAGUUAUUAGAUGAAUUUGGAGAACAUACGGAUCAUACGUCUAGCAAAUUAGAAUAUGCAAUGAAGAAAGUUAAAUAUAUUAUUAAAGCAAAUGAAG